AGUAGAUAACAUGGUUUUCUACUGUAUUUGUGGCGGGUGCAACAACUCCAGCAAAAGUGGACAUAGGGUCCAUUGCUUCCCCAAGGACAAAGGGAUUCUCCGAAGCUGGGUGCAAUUUGUCAAGUUUAGGCGGGCAGAUUUUUCAGCUAGCUCUGUUACCGCGUACUCCAGAAUAUGCAGCGCGCAUUUCAAGGAGGAGGAUUACCACUCAGGGGAUGCCAAGAUGGUCUCACUUGGUUUAAAGAUUAAGAGGACGGCGAAGUUAAUUCCUACCGCCGUGCCGUCUGUGCAUGCAAACCACUCUGCCUGCCCUGUCCCGAGGUCGAGAGACACCGUCUGCCGCAAGCGAGAGAUUGCCACGAUGUUGACAGACGCCUCACAGCAGGAGACCGUGGCCAGUGUAGACACUGUGGAGAGUGUCGAUACUGGGGAUCAGCCCUUGCCCUCCUCCACUUCUGACGCUGGGACACAAUGUUUUUUGAAGCCCCCCCGAUGGUCUCACGGCUCAUUGGCAGCAGUCAAGUUGGAGAACAUAAUGAUGAGGGCUGCCUUGCUGAAAGAUGUUCGUCAGCUGUCUCCACAGCACCAGACCUUCUCCCUUGAGGCUUACCACUCCCUCAUCUUGCACUUCGCGCCCAAGCACACAGGGUUUUCAUACCUUGGGAUGUAUAGCAGGCUUCUCUUAGCGGCGCUGCAUUAUAAUCACAAUGCCAAUCGCGAGACAGCACGGAGAAGUGACGGGACAGAGAAGUACUGCGUGCGGUAUCCGCGCUUCAGAAAAGGUGCCCAUGUGGUGCGUCCCAUCAAAGAGGCAGCCUCAUACGGUUAUGCAACAUCAUUAAUGAAGGCCCUUCGGGAGAGCUACGCCAAUUCACCCGCGGUUCUUCGAGAGGUUGGCGCCAAUCUGUCCUCCGAUGCACCCGCCCCCAUCGCCAAAUCCUUCGAACAGAUUCCUAAGGAGGAGGCCAUCAGCCUCUACCUAGCCCGGCAGUCACGCUUCAAGAAAACCUAAUUUCACAUUAUUAUUUUUUUCCACGGACAAGUCCAAUGAUUUAGUUGUUAUUUGCAUGAAAUUUCUUUGUAUGUAAUUCAAAAUAAUUUGGUAAUCAUUUUACCUGUGCCUUGUCAACCUCUGUGUGCGGUGUUGUCUGGGCUCACUGUGUGUCUGCUUGAUGUGCUUUUGCAUGUAUCACUGCAUGUAUCCACGGACGUAAUUUG